AUGUAUGAUCAUAAAACUCCAACAGCACAUACCGUUCAAUUUCAAUAAGAUUAAAAUUAAAUGAUUUACCAAAAAAAAGACAUCAAUUUUCCUGUAUUCAUUCCAAAUCCAACGCAAGAUCAGAAUACUAAUAUUUAAAUGCGAUUAGAAGUAUCAAGAAAAAGCCUAAAGAGAUAGGAUAUUGAAGUAUAAAAAAAACUUGAAGAGGAAAAAAUCAGGGAAUAUUUAAUCUACUAGCAGAUUUAAGAUUUAAAGUUGCAGAGUAUAACUAAAAAUUCUGGCAAGAAUUCUAAUGUUCUAAUUCUACCAUAGCUAACAACAGAAAAGAGAAGACCAUCUGCAAUUACAAAAUUGAAUAUUCAAAUUACAAAAAGUACCAUUCAUGAUUAGGAUAGAGUUUAAUCAGCAUUAAUAGAUGGGAAGAGAUACUAAGAUUUUCUAAAGGGAGAUGAAAAGAAUAAAUAUGAUGUAUAUAAAGGCAAUAUUAUGAAGAUUAAACAAGAAGAAUAAUUAAAAAGAAUUUCUACAAUUAUCAGUAACUCUCCUAAAUUCUAAAGGUCCAAGUAACUUUGA